CAGCAACUCAAAAAAGAGUGAGCCCACCCAACCCAAUAUUUUUUGGAAUCGAAUAAAAACUUCGACUCCUUUGUUAGUCUCCUCCCUUAGAUCUCCCUUCCACCGAUUCAUAGAUAUGUCUUCAAAAGCGAUUCACGAAUAUGAUGCCAAACUCCUUCUGGCGUACUGGCUCGCCCGCGCUCCAUCUGUCUCCAAUAACGCGGAAGUAUCCCCCAACUUCAUCUACCCUAGCCCAAACGUCGCCCAAAUAAAGUGGGACGUAGAGACGAACACGAUCACGCCUGACACCACUCUCCCUCCUUGGGUGUUCACCUCCAAGCUCGUUGCUAAGCCCGAUCAGCUCAUUAAGAGACGUGGCAAAAGUGGUCUCCUCCUUCUCAAUAAGGAAUGGUCAGAGGCGAAGGAUUGGAUUGUGCAGCGCGCUGGGAAGCCAACCAAUGUUGAGGGAGUGGUUGGUACACUGAACACUUUCAUUGUCGAGCCAUUUUUGCCCCAUCCUUCCAGCACCGAAUACUACGUUUGCAUCAAUUCCGCACGUGAAGGGGAUAACAUACUUUUCACCCACGAGGGCGGUAUCGACGUUGGUGAUGUCGACGCUAAAGCCCUUCAACUGUCAAUCCUUGUCGGAAAAGAGUUCCCCUCCCGUGACAUUAUCAAGAGCACCCUGCUCACUCAUGUCCCUACUGAGAAGAAGGACACGCUUGUCGACUUCUUAGUCCGAUUGUACUCCGUCUAUGUUGAUCUUCAUUUCGCCUACCUUGAAAUUAACCCUCUCAUUUGUCUUGAUGGGGUGAAUGGCAAACCGCCAACCAUUCAUUAUCUCGACAUGGCUGCCAAGCUUGAUCAGACCGCGGAGUCGAUUUGUGGACCUAAGUGGGCUAUUGCCCGCGAUCUCUCUAUCUAUGACAAGAGCGCGAAACCCACGUCUGGUGCUGUUUCAGCAGAUCGUGGUCCGCCGAUGGUUUUCCCUUCUCCAUGGGGUCGUGACCUGACCAAAGAGGAGGCGUACAUACAGAAACUAGAUGGAAGCACGGGUGCCUCGCUAAAAUUGACUGUAUUAAAUCCCGAAGGGCGAAUUUGGACUAUGGUCGCUGGUGGGGGUGCCUCGGUUGUGUACAGUGACGCCAUCGCUGCUCAUGGGUUUGCUGAUGAGCUUGCCAAUUACGGUGAAUAUUCCGGUGCGCCUACCGAGGGUCAGACGUAUGAAUAUGCGAAGACCAUCAUUGAUUUGAUCUGCCGUGGCAAGCCAAACCCUAAGGGCAAGACCCUUAUCAUCGGUGGAGGCAUUGCCAACUUCACCAAUGUCGCCGCCACCUUCAAGGGAAUUAUUCGUGCCCUCAAGGAGUACAAGAACCCCUUGAUUUCGCACCAGGUGAAGAUUUUUGUCCGUCGUGGCGGCCCCAACUACCAGGAAGGCCUUAAGGCCAUGCGUCUCCUCGGCGAAAACUUAGGUGUCCCAAUUAGAGUCUUUGGUCCAGAGACCCAUAUCACCGACAUCGUCCCUCUUGCUCUUGGCGUCAGCAAAGGCUCCAGCGGUGGCCUCAAGACGCCUGCUCCUUACACCUCCACACCUCCCACUCCUGUCCAGAGCAGCAAGGUCGAGAUUCAGGAAGCUGGCGUUGGCGAGAUCCAGGCUUCUGGAGAGCGCGCGCAGCCUAACGACCAGAUUGUCCACUUCGAUGCCCAACCUACAUCUGGUCGCCCAUGGUAUCGACCCUUCGACGAGAACACCCGUUCUCUCGUGUACGGUCUCCAACCUCGUGCUAUUCAGGGUAUGCUUGACUUUGACUACAGUUGUGGUCGUCAGACCCCUAGUGUUGCUGCGAUGAUUUAUCCCUUCGGUGGACACCACAUCCAGAAAUUCUACUGGGGCACUAAGGAGACUCUCUUGCCCGUCUAUACGAGCGUCAAGGAAGCCGUUCAGAAGCACCCCGAUGCCGAUGUCGUCGUGAACUUUGCUUCAUCUCGUUCGGUUUACUCCUCUACACUCGAUAUCUUGAGUUACUCCCAAAUAAAGGCCAUUGCUCUUAUUGCUGAGGGCGUUCCGGAGCGUCAUGCAAGGGAGAUUUUGCACCUUUCAAAGGCGAAGAACGUUCUUAUUAUUGGGCCCGCUACUGUUGGUGGUAUCAAGCCUGGAUGUUUCCGUAUUGGGAAUUCUGGGGGUAUGAUGGAUAACAUCAUCUCCUCGAAGCUCUACCGCGCCGGCUCCGUUGGAUAUGUUUCCAAGUCCGGUGGCAUGUCUAACGAACUGAAUAAUAUCCUUUCCCUUGUCACCAAUGGUACCUAUGAGGGUAUUGCUAUUGGUGGUGACCGCUACCCCGGGACUACCUUCAUUGACCAUCUCCUUCGCUAUGAGGCUGAUCCAGAAUGCAAGAUGCUUGUUCUCCUUGGUGAAGUCGGCGGUAUUGAGGAGUAUCGCGUCAUUGAGGCCGUCAAGAAGGGUAUCAUCAAGAAACCCAUCGUCGCCUGGGCCAUCGGGACCUGCGCCAAGAUGUUCACGACUGAAGUUCAGUUCGGGCACGCUGGUUCGAUGGCCAACUCAGACCUCGAGACUGCCGAUGCCAAGAAUGCUGCUAUGAAAGCUGCUGGGUUCAUCGUUCCGGAUACCUUUGAAGAUCUUCCUGCUGUCUUGAAGGAGACUUACGAACGGCUGGUGGCAACGGGCAAGAUUGUGCCGAAGCCUGAGGUUGACCCACCUGUUAUUCCUAUGGAUUACAAAUGGGCUCAGGAAUUGGGUCUCAUCCGUAAGCCAGCUGCUUUCAUCUCGACUAUUUCGGAUGAGCGUGGACAAGAGUUGUUGUACGCUGGUAUGCGUAUUUCGGAUGUGUUUAAGGAGGAUAUUGGUAUCGGUGGUGUUGUGUCGCUGUUGUGGUUCAAGCGUCGUCUGCCACUGUGGGCUACCAAGUUCAUCGAGAUGGUACUCAUGCUUACUGCCGAUCAUGGUCCCGCCGUUUCUGGUGCCAUGAACACCAUUGUCACCUCUCGUGCUGGAAAGGACCUCAUCUCUUCCCUCUGUUCAGGUCUUCUCACCAUCGGUAGCCGUUUCGGUGGUGCUCUCGACGAGGCUGCCUCCAUGUUCUCCAAUGCUCGUGACACGGGUCUCACACCUCGUGAAUUCGUGGACGAGUCUCGGAAGCAGAACAAGCUCAUCAGCGGUAUCGGCCACAAAAUCAAGUCGGUCAACAACCCUGAUCUUCGUGUCGAGCUCGUUAAGGAGUACGUCCAGAAAAACUUCCCCAGUCACACUCUCCUUGACUACGCUCUCGCCGUGGAGAAGGUCACGACUGCUAAAAAGGAUACUCUUAUCCUUAACGUCGAUGGCUGCAUUGCCGUCUGCUUCGUUGACUUGCUUCGUGAUAGCGGCGCGUUCGGUCGCCAGGAGGCUGAUGAGUACAUCAAGAUUGGGACAUUGAAUGGCCUGUUCGUCCUCGGUCGUAGCAUCGGUUUCAUUGGUCACCAUCUUGACCAGAAGAGACUUCAUGCUCCUUUGUACCGUCAUCCUGCCGACGAUAUCUUCAUCAACAUGUUGCCUGUUCAGCAACCUCGCGUGGCUGCUCGUAUCAACUGAGGUCGCACGUUAGUUUAUGGCCUUCGGUUAACUCAAUAAUAUCCUUUCUUGUGCGCUCAGUUAAUACCAUCAGUUCCAGAUGCUAUUUUAGACUAUAUCCUAUCUAUGCAUGGGGCCUCUUAGAGCCCGUCAGUCUCAUCUCAUUCUUUCUCAAUCACUGUUCUCCUGCCAUUUGUUUAGCUAUGCUCCUCCUAUGUUGUUCAUACUGCUUUGAUAUGCUACACAAGAAAAAUUCAGGAUAUGUGUAACGUAUAGCUCUCCUUCGAGCAGUCCGUGCAUGCCCAAAGUUGGAAAAUACUUUUGAACUAAUUGGGAUUUUGGUUCUACUUC